ACUCUGUCUUACCAUAGUCUGCUGGAAGGAGCCUCUCCUGAGCUUCAAAUAGACUUAUUCAAAGGUUAUGAAUGUUUUUUUAAUCUAAAAGCAUUAAAGAUCAUUUUUAAAUAAAACAGGUUAAGAGUUUCUGCAUGGUGCCUUAUUCCCAAGCUGUGUAAAUAAAUAAAAGGAAAAAAAAAAAAAACAGGUUCUCAUUUGUACGUUUCGUACGCGGUGACGUCACGGCGUAAACGACUCGCACAGCGUACCGCAUUGUUGUUGGGGGAAGAGAAGCUCGGGCAGCCGCUGAGCUCUGCCACUUCCAACUGCCUCUAAACAGUCCUGCCGACCAGUGUUUACUUUGAUCAAAGUAGAACACCCGGUACCGGCUCCGUCGCCCUGGAUACCUGCCGGUCACUCUCAGGAUAUACUCGGUUCAGCGCGAGCCGCGGCCGCCGUUGGAUGAGCGGACUGAAUGUGGAUUUAACUGCCCCUUCGCUCCGCAGGCCGCGCCGCCAUUGCUGCUGUUUUUACAAGCUGAAUUCGUGAAAAUACCGAGGGUCUUCACGGUUUCAACAUGAAGAAAAAAGGUCGAAACCACCGCCCCUCUGUGCUGAAGAGGGAGUCGUCUCCCAUCAAGCCGUCGCCCAACCGGGAGACGCUGACGUAUGCACAAGCUCAGCGAAUAGUGGAGCUGGAGGUGGAUGGCCGCGUGCACCGGCUCAGCAUCUACGACAAGCUGGACGUCAUCACCGACGACGACCCCACGGCUCAGGAGAUCAUGGAGUGCAACAGUAACAAGGAGAACAACGAGAAGCCCCAGCAGGUCCUGGUGCGCUCUGUGCGCCUCAAGAACAACCAGCAGAAGAAGAACGCCGCCCUCACAGCGUCACACGGCACCAGCGGCACCCACAGCAGCACCGGGGGCCUGUUGGAGCCUAAGGUUAGAACGGUUGAAUACAAUCUGCCGGUGGUGCCGAGGAGGCCGGUGGCGUAUUAUAAAUACACGGAGAGGACGGCGGAGGAGCUGGACGAGGAAGUAGAGUACGACAUGGACGAGGAAGACUACGCCUGGCUGGAGAUCAUCAACGAGAAGAGGAAGAGCGAGGGCAUCAGCCAGGUGUCGCACAACCUGUUUGAGUUCCUAAUGGACCGCUUCGAGAAGGAGUCAUACUUGGCCACGCAGGGUCAGAGCGACCUGCAGUCGCUGGUGGACGAGGAUGCUGUCUGCUGCAUCUGCAUGGACGGAGAUGGAGCCGACAGUAACGUCAUCCUCUUCUGCGACUCCUGCAACAUCGCUGUGCACCAGGAGUGCUACGGCGUGCCGUACAUCCCUGAGGGCCAGUGGCUUUGCCGCCACUGCCUGCAGUCUCCGUCACGGCCCGCCGAGUGUGUCUUCUGCCCCAACCGAGGCGGAGCCCUGAAGAAGACGGAUGACGACCGCUGGGGACACGUAGCAUGUGCUCUGUGGGUCCCCGAGGUCGGCUUCUCCGACACGGUUUUCAUCGAGCCCAUCGAUGGCGUCCGCAACAUCCCACCAGCGCGCUGGAAGCUGACCUGCUACCUGUGUAAGGAGAAGGGCGCAGGCGCUUGCAUCCAGUGCGACAAGAUCAACUGUUACACGGCCUUCCACGUCAGCUGCGCCCAGAAGGCCGGCCUCUACAUGAAGAUGGAGCCUGUCAAAGAGGUGACGUCGUCCGGUGCCUCCACCUUCUCUGUGAAAAAGACCGCCUACUGCUGCAGCCACAUACCUGACGGCUGCGACCGCCGGCCGCUCAAUAUCUACGAGGAGCCGCACCCGAAAAAUGGAGCCUGCCACAAGAGGGCCGACAAGAGGGGGAAGUCCCGCGCCAAGGGCUGGCAGAAGAAGAAGAGCAAGAGAGCGGAGCCCGAACCAGAGACAGAACCUGAGACCCCCGCCAACUCUGGUCCCAGUAUCACCGCCUCAAGUUUCGACACCAUCCUGAACCAGGUGGCGGUCCAGAGGAAGCGUGCCUUUGUCGAGAGGGUGCUGAGCUACUGGGUGCUGAAGAGGCAGUCGAGGAACAACGUUCCGCUGAUCCGCCGGCUGCAGGCCAACCCCCAGCCUCCCAAAACCAAGCAGAUGGACCGCAUGGAGACAAACCAGGCGCUGAAGGAGCAGCUGAAGGAGUGGCACCGCCUCCGCCACGACCUGGAGCGAGCUCGAUUACUGCUGGAGCUCAUCAGGAAGAGAGAGAAACUCAAGAGGGAAGAGAUGAAGCUGCAGCAGUCGGCGCUGGAAGUCCAGCUGACCCCCUUCAACAUCCUGUUGAGAGCCGUGCUCUGUCAGCUGCAGGAAAAGGACCAGUACAGCAUCUUCGCUCAGCCCGUCAGCAUCAAGGAGGUUGCUGACUACCUGGACCACAUCCAGAACCCCAUGGACUUCUCCACCAUGAGGAAACGCAUCGACGCUCACGGCUACAGGAGCCUGGAGGAGUUCGAGGCCGACUUCGACCUCAUCAUCGCCAACUGCAUGACCUACAACGCCAAGGACACGUUCUUCUACAAGGCAGCUCAACGGAUGCAGGAUCACGGCGGCGCCAUCCUGCGCAGGGCCCGCAGAGAGGCCGAGCGGAUCGGCUUCGACUUCCCCAGCGGGUUGCAUCUGUCCGAAGUUCCAAAACCGGAGGCGCCGCCCCCUUUCUCCUGGGAGGACGUGGACCGGCUGCUGAGCCCCGCCUACCGCCAGCUGACCCCCCUGGAGGAGCAGCUGAAGGAGCUGCUGGAGAAGCUGGACCUGAGCACGGCCAUGAAGCACAGCCCGUCCCGCAGCAAGAGGCUCAAACUGCUCAAGAAGACCAUCAUGGAGGUCCGCAGCGAGAUGAGCCUGAAGAAGUCCCUCCCACCGCCGCCGCCACCCGCCACCCCAGAGCCCGACCCCACCCCCACCGAGUCCGAUGAGAAACCACUACCUGAACCCCCGGCGGAGCCCUGCACCCCACAGGAGGAGAAGUCUUUACCUCCGCCAACGUUAGAGCCGCUGACCUCGCCGUCACAGCUCGACACCUCGCCCACUGACUCGGAGCCGCCCCCUCUGAAGCCCGUCGAACCCAGCACGGACCAGACUCCCAUGGAGCUCGACAGUGACACAUCUACCUCAGUAACCCCAGACACCCCCAACGGGCACAUCCCCGACCCACUGCUCCCCAACGGAGACCUCAACCCCGAAGCCCCUGGCGCCUGCAACCGACGGACCAACGUCCUCUUCCGCAAGUCCAAGAGCGCCAGCCCGCAGAAACAACCCAAGACCCAAGAGGCAUCCGCUGCGCAGUCGCCGUCCCUGGGCUCCAAAACCUUCCUGUCGGUAGUGAUACCUCGCCUGGAGACGCUCCUCCUGCCGAAGAAGAGAAGCCGCACCAGCAGCGCCGACGGAGAGGAGGAGGACGAGGAGUCGCCGAUUAAACGCCUUGGCACAGGAAUUGCAAACGGUUUCGUGGUCGAGGACGAGGAAAUCUCAACGUCUCCUCGCCUGCUGGAGCCUCGCCGCCGCUGUGCCUCCGAGUCGAGCAUCUCCUCCAGUGGAAGCGUCCUCUGCGGCACGAGCACCGUCAUCUUGUCUAAAAGCGGGAAAGGGCGGCCGGCGGCGGCUCGGCGGAGCACGGUGGACGACAAAAGCACUCUGAUGACCCGCAUCGAGAACGGAGAGUUCACCAAAGCUGCCAAGAUCUCGUCAGAGGUGUGGAAGCCCACCGCUGCUUCUCCAUUUGUUCUGGAGCCUCUUAAACUAGUUUGGGCUAAAUGUAGAGGAUAUCCCUCCUACCCCGCCCUGAUCAUGGAGCCCAGAGUGCGGAAGACGGCGUGUCAGCACAACGGGGUGGAGCUUCCCCUGCCGCCGCUGGACGUUCUCAGAGCCGGAGAGCGGAUGCAGUUCAGGUCCGCAGAGAAACUCUUCCUCGUCCACUUCUUCGACAGCAAGCGCAGCUGGCAAUGGCUUCCUAGAUCCAAGAUGGCUCCCUUCGGGAUCAACCAGACACUCGACAGAAUCAAGCUGACGGAGGCUCGCUCCGCCCACUUCCGAAAAGCUGUGCGGCUCGCCUUCGACCGAGCCAUGAACCACCUGAACCGUGGCAGCGGCGAGCUGGAGCCCAGCGCCGGUCUCGCCGUCACAGACUGAACCCCUCCCCCCUCCUCCCAUCAUCCCUCUCUCCCCCUUUGACCUUUCAGCUUUUUGUUUUAAACACCACCACAGCAGAGAUGCUCUUUCUGCCUCGUACGCACAACACACACGCACACACACUUGUCAUGUUUACCAUUUCCUACAACUGGAUCGUUUUCACGCCUCCCCGCACAUCUACCCCCCUCCCCCCUCUGUCCGAAAUACUGUAGCUUGUGACGGCUAUCUUGUUUUGUCAAAGAGCUAUGCAAUGAAAUCGACUCGGUUAGCGGGUGAAAAAAGUUGAAAGACGGAAAAAAAAAAAAUCUAACCUUGGCUGUGAGGACCGAAAAAUCACGGGUCUAAACCUGUUGAAUGUGUCGGAGUUUGACCUCUGACCUCCUUAAAUGUGCUGCAAGACUGCUGCAACAAUCUCACUGCCAUGAACAUGUCCAUCAGUGUGUGUGUGUGUGACGGCAGCAGCUCCUGUAAAUAUCCUGUAAAAGGUCUGACACUAAUUUAUUCACUCCCUGGGUUUGUUUCGGUUCAGAUAUUUAUACAGUCGGAGGUGACGACCCACGUCGACGCCGAUGGUGUCGGUGUUUCUGCUGGUGCUAUCUCUACAGAGAGAAAAAACAAACAUGCAUACUGUACUGAACAUUUUUAUUUCAGCUCCUUUUUUACAGUUUUUGUAAGUUAUUGAGUUCUCAAGCUUCAAGUUCUCGUCUUUGGCAUUAAUUUUUCUUGUGUGUGCAUCUUUUUUUUUUUUUUUUUUUUACCUGAAUGUUUUUACUGGACUACUUUUACUUUUUUUUGUUUGUACAUAUUUAUAUAAAAUCUAUAUAGAAGCUCUCAAAAUUUAAAAUGCCUAAAGUGCAUCAUUCACACCGAAACCAAAAAAGAUCUGCUGCCCACAAGUUUCCCACUAAUGUGUUUUUUUUUUUUUUUUUUACAGUUUAGUUGUUUUUCAGGUUUUCAGCCUUUUUGUUUGUGUGCUGUGAUGAGUUCAAGUCUUCUGUCACAGAAUCAUCUUUUCCACCUGAACUGACCUACAGUCAGCUGUAGGAGAGAAGAGAAUGUGCCUGUACUAACUUAUUGUAAAACAGAAAAUGUAUAUGCAUUACUUUAUAGAGAGAGUAUUGUAAGAAAAUACUAUGGGCACACUAGGAGCCACAUGUAGAGGCCCCUCCUCUUCCUCUGUUGUUUAUGAGUUUUUUUUUUUUUUUUUUUUUGAUUAAUAGCAUUAAAUCUGAGAGGUGAGGUGAUAGUGUUUGAUGUUUUGUUUUUGCAGGGUAGCGAUGGGUAGACUUCCUGUUUUCUUUGGCCCCUCUGGAUGUGGAUGUUGUGUGUGUAAAUAGAUUUGGUACUUUAGCUGAUUCUCUGGGAAAAACCACAGUUAUAGCCAAUGGGAGUGGAAACCAGCCGACAGCAGGCCGGUGGGAUUUUUAUACUAAAACACUGAAAAAUUAAAAUAUGUUAUUGAAUCACUGAU